UUAUUGACACCUUUACAGUUAAAUAUGGUAAAGUAAAAAUAUAAAAUGAGUUGGUUUUCAAUCACCGACUAUGCUAAAAGUGCUCUUAGCGAAGCACAAAAGAAGAUUGACAAGGCUUUGGAUAUACAAGCUAAAGAAUCAAGUCAAAAUGUAACAGAUCAUAUUGAGAAUAUUCCAACUGUUCAUCCCAAAAAGAAUGAACCUAAUGUAGAGAUAAAUAUUGAUAAAACUCAAAUCAAAAAAGCUGAUUUUUCCACAAAAAGGAAAGCAAGAGUUGGUAGACCAACAAAACCCACCUCUUGCGCUAAAUCAAAUGCUAAUGACUUCAGUGAAGAUUUCUUCUCGAUUUUGGAUUCUGAGAAUGCCAGCCCUAAAUCACAAACUACCAAGAUACCACAGGAUAAGUUGGUGCAUCACAGUGAAGUUUCAGGCAGUUCAGAAAAUAAAGAUGCACAACACAUCUUAGGAGGGGCAGAAAUAAAGGAUUCCAUCAUUUCAAAGGAAAUCAGUUCUAUGAAAUCUGACUUUUCUGAACUUCUACUCAAUGAAUCAGCCUCUGACAAUAUGCCUGAAAACUUUACUAUGGUUGACAACCCUGAUUAUUCAGAUACUCCUCUUGUGGUUAGUGUCGAUGAUUCUAGUGAAAUAACAGGCAUCGAUGACAAUGAUUCAUUUGAUGGGAACAUGCAUAAAAGCAUUUCUCUUGAAGUAAUCACAUCUAAUGAUGACACUAUAAAAAUAGAUGAAGAAAAAGUGAUUGAAACUACUGAAAAUAGAAGAUUGUCUUUAGAGCGACCAACUUCACCAAGUGUAUCAACAGCUGCUUCUAGUGAAAUAGAUAUUCUUGACCAUGAUAGCAUAGCGAGUGAAGUAUCAUCAAAAUAUGAUGGACUUAUUUCUAUUCCAUCUUCUGUGCAGGUGGUUAACAUAGAUGUUGAAUCUGAUGCCUCCCAAGCUUUGUCUCCUUUUCCCGAUGAUGGAUACACAGAUAGAACUCUACCAAUGUCUUCUCAAGAUAAUGAUCCACAAUUGGUAGAUGAAAUGAAUCAUAAUUCCCAACCAAUCCAUCCUAAUUCUCAAGAUUCUGCCACAAGUAGUUCAACAACAAUCGGGGCAGAAUUGGCUUUCGAGAAUAACGAUAAUAAUAAUAUUGUAUCAAGUAAUGUAAUUGAAACUUCUGCUGCUGAACAAUUUGUACAUAAAAAUGACCACCAAUCUGAAAAUAAAAAGUACACAGAAUUAUGUGAAAAAAUGGAGGUUUAUGAACAACAGCUGAUGACAUUAAGUUACAAAAAUGCCCAAUUAAAUGAAGAGAAUGAUAAUUUAAAAUCUGAAAUCAUAAAUACAAAAAAGAAAUGUGAAGAGGAAGCUAGUAAAAAAUCUGAAAAACUAACCAACUCUGUAGCAGCAAUGGAAAACAGCAAUACAAUUUUAAAAGAAGAAAAUGAUAAUUUAAAAAAGCAAAUACUUGUUUUAAAAAGUCAAUUGGCGUCAAGAAUGACACAUGAGCAAGUUCAAGCUGCGAUAGCAGAAAAGGAAGAAUCCAUCAAGGGUCUAAUGGAAGAAGGUGAAGCUCUUGCGAAAAAGCAUCUUCAACAGAAUAAUUUAAUAAAGAAACUAAAGACCCAAGGGCAAGACAGAGAAGCUGAACUUAAAACUUUAAAAGAGAAAUUUGCAAAAAUUGAAGGUGAAAAUUCAAAAAUAAAAACUGAACUCAAAGAAGCUCAAGGGCAGGGACGGGAAGAACGAGAAACAAGUUUGAGAAUAUCCGAUGCUUAUGAACAACGGGAGAGACAGACACAAAUGCUGCAAGAAAAAUUGUCACAAUCAGAAGAGAAACAACGUGCAUUACAAGUCAACAUAGAUGCUGCCUACAAUGAAAUUGGUGAUUUACAUAAGCAAAUAGCUGAGAAAGAAAGCAAGUCGAGUCUUGAAUGGAAGUCUAAAGAAGAUGACAUAAAGCGUGAACAUGACUUUGAAAGGAAAAAACUAUCUAGCGAACAUGAACAUCAAAAACAAUUAUUAUUGCUUCAAAUAAUGGAAUUGAAUAACACUGUGUCAAGGUCUGAAGCAGCGGCAUCCAGAAAAGAUGACGAUCACAGGAGAGAAAUAAGAGAAUUACAACAGAGGAUACAAGAAUCUGAGGGACGUAAUCAAGACUUGAGUGAUAAUGUUUCAAAUACUACAAGGCCCCUCCUGAGGCAAAUUGAAAACCUUCAGGCCACUCAUUCAUCGCAACAACGUUCAUGGAAUGCGCUUGAGAAAACAUUGAACAAUAGAUUAGGGGAAGCACAAGCAGAGUUAUUAACUGCCCGGGAAAAUGAAAGAAUUGCACAGAAUGGUGCCAUUGAAGCAAAAUCAAAAGCAUCUGCCUAUGAAAAACAAGUCGAAAGUGCUCAGAACACUAUAUCUCAGCAACUUAAGGGAAUAGAUAUAUUGAAAAAUAAAGUUGAUGAAUACAAAACUCAAACAUCUUUGGUUUCUGAGGAAUUAGAAGAAUUGAGAAUUUUACAAAAAGAAACUGUACACAAAUCUAGAAAAGAACGUCUUUUCUUAGAAAAUCAACUACAAAUGGAAAAGGUACGAUUGGAAGCGGAACGAAAAAAAUUUGCAUCACAGCAUGAAGCACUUCAAAAAGAGAAAGAGAGAAUGAUGUGGAGUAGAUCUGAGAUAACUUCUGUUUCCAGCAAUCAACUUGUUGAAACCGAGUCAGUUGGAAGCUCAAAUGAUGCAUUCCAUUCUACUGAAACAUUUGACAAGCAUAUGAGCUCUAAUUCUCUCCCUACAUUAGCUAGUCAAUUGUCAUUAGACUCUGGAAAGCCCAUGUCCUCGUCAAAUGUUUUAGAAAAUCUUCAGACGAUGAUCAAGCUUCGUGAUGGUGAAAUAGCUCAGCUACGAGGUGACAUUAACAUGCUUGAAAGAACUAGAUCAUCAAUGGCUGAAGAAAUCGUUCGAUUAACAAAUUUAAAUGAAGAUUUGGAAGGUGUUUCCAAGGAGCUCCAAACCAUGAAAGAUAAACUUGCUGAUGUUGAAGGACGUUAUUCUGCAAUCUUAACCAUGUAUGGAGAAAAGGAAGAAGAGAAUGAAGAGUUGAGGAUGGACCUAGCGGACGUAAAGGCAAUGUAUCGGCAACAAAUUAAUGAUCUUUUAAAAGUGGAUCCAUCAUGACCAAAAGUUUAUUAUACAUAAUCUUGUGAUUACACGAUUUGAAACAUUAAAUAGCAACAGCUGCAUAUUUCGAGUGGAUAAAAUUCGUCGUUUGAAGCUGGCAUUGAUAACCUUGACAAGUCUUUGUAUACAAGCUGAAAACACUGAUGCAAGUUUUCAAAUAGAACACUAUAGAUUUAUAAUGCUUUUGUUAGAGACAAAACUAUAGCUAAUUGUUUAGAGAAAUAUCAAUGCAAUUUUUCAUGGAAGCCGAUAAGAUUGCCAAAUGUUUGUUAGGUAAUAUGUUGUUUACUGAAGCAUUUUGUAACAGUUAGUCCAAUUAUUAUUCGCAUUGGUAUCCAUAUGGUGAUUGCUUAUAUAUUUAUUCAUCGGUGGCAUUGUUUUAUAUUUUUAUUAUAAUGGUUAAUGCUUUAUUCUUCCAAUGUCAGUGUAAACAGGCCAGCACUUUGAAAGCGAGCUUUUUUCCCAGCUCAGUCCACAAAACGACUAUACUGCAAGUGCAAUGCAUUGAUUUUGCACCUGUGGCACGGUUCAGAGGUAUCUGCAACGAUUGCAUACUUUUAUCCUCAAUUGGUGCUUAAUGUGUGUGCAAUAACUGGUAAUCUAAGAUAGAAUUGACGGGCUGCUAGGAUCAUAAAAUAAUAUUCUCAGUAGACUCUCUUCACAGAUAAUAAUGAAACCCUUUUAUGCUUUCUAUUAUAAAUAAAUAUAUUUAUUGCAAUUAAUUAUUUAAAAAUACUUAGCAAGAGCAAUUGAAGGAAA